AAUUCUCUUGCUUUCCCUCCUUUUUCUCUCAGUGAUUCAGGCACUUCAAUGGCUGAAAGUCUUUAGAACAUUGAUCAAAGCCGAUGCCUAUCUUGCUUUGCGAACCAUUUUCUGGAAAAGGGAGAUGGUUUUGGAAUUGUCUAUGUAAAGGGAGAUUUCGCGGGAACAUGAUAAGUCACACCAAAAUAUUCUUUUCACACGCGCCUUUCGCCCCCGUGAUGGGUGUUGUUGAUUCCCAUGUGUGGUCUUGCUCUCACAUCAGGAGGAAUCGGCAUCUGCGAUCGGUGGUUUCGUGCCGAAUCUGGUGAUAUGUUGUGUAAACCCACCAGAGAAAGUAACGUUUCUGGAGAAAUGAUAUGAAGCAUUAUGUCCUAGCUUCACACAUGGCAAAGAUCAGACAAGGUAGUUUCUGAUAAAGAACAAGCACCGAGCUAGAGAAUCGAUGUCGAGAAGGAAAAGUGUGCUUCUCAUUUUGCUCGAUCUACCGCCGAACAUAUCGAUAAGUUCAUUGCGGAACCGGAAAUGAAGCGGUUACUAUACGAGCUGCAUGCAAAGUUAUACCUCAAACUGGUAAAAUGUAGAAUCAAGAGGCUAGGUGAUGACUUGUAAAGGCCCCUAGAAGCUGUGUUCUUUCUCAGUUCUCCAUACUGAGAAGCACGGAAUCUACACGAAUGGCCAGACGGCAUCUUGCGUGCCUAGCCUGCCUGCCAUAACUUCUUCUGACCCAAUAGAAGAAAGGCGAUGAGAAAAAGGAAAUAUUCCCGCUAGCUUUACAGCCCUCCAAAUAUUCCCGUUGGAACUUCUUUUCUUCUUUCCCACUAUAAAAGGCAAGAAUUCUCCUGAGUUGCCCCCCAAGAGAAGCCUGCUAAACAUCCAAGCUAAGCUCUGUGAGAUGAGCACUUGCAGACAGCUCGAUAUUAAAACCGACGAUCAUGCUCCCAAGAAGUGGUCGGUAUCGCUGAACGAGGAGGUAUUCAAGCAGUUCUUCAGCCAGGGUGGUUCAGUGGUCCACAAGGUUUUCGGCGAGGGGUUGCUGUUUAGCCCCUUUCUGUUCGGGAAGUUCUUCGAUCCAUCUGAUGCUUUCCCUCUGUGGGAUUUCAAUUCAGAUGUGUUCUUGUCCAAGUUUCGCAGUUGCGGCCAGAGCACUGUCGACUGGUUUCAGACUGAUAUUGAUUACGUGUUGAAAUCAGAAAUUCCAGCAGCUUUAGGGGAAAACAGUGUUCAAAUUCAUACCGACAACGGAAAGGUGGUGGAAAUUAGUGGGCAGUGGAAGCCACAGAGAGAGUCCAAUACCAAGGAUUGGAGAUGUGGGCACUGGUGGGAACAUGGAUAUGUGAGGAGGCUCGAGCUGCCAGAAGAUGCAGAUUGGAGAAAACUAGAGGCAAAGUUGAGUAGUGACAAGUAUCUAGAAAUCAGAAUCCCGAAAGCCAAUUUGCAUUCUGCCACCGGGCAGGGAAAGAACGGAACAGCGGAUGUAUCUGAACCGCUGUAAGUACUGAUUAACGUGUACCGCCUCUGUAACAAAACAUUACAUCUGACCAAAAAUUGCACUGUGCGAGUUGGAUUAUGCUUCUGCUAACUCGUCCUACAAGGGUUUUUGCCACCAGCUGCUAUUGAUGCAUUUUUUUUUUUAAGCUUUGGCUAUUUUAACUAACAUCAUUUGUCGCCUCAUUUCAGUCGAGGAGAGUAUAGACUGAAUACCAACAACUAGUGCCGGAUGUAGUGCUGGAAACGGGCCGGGGACAAGCAGGAAAUGGUGUCUAUUACUAGUAGAACUCUGCUAAAAGAUCCAUCAUUUAAGCAACUGGUUAUGCAAUAUCUGAGAGAGGGGGUGAGGGGGGAACUACAGUUUUUCGGUAUGAGCCAAUGGUCAAACCAAUCCAUCCACAGCGUCCAAUUCAGAAUGCUAAUUGAUCGGCAUGGUAUCCACGAAAUCAAGACCUAAUAAAGAUUGCAGGUUCUUUCUUGAGAAAAACACGCCUAUU